UGGGUUUUCAUGGGAAGAAUUUGCGAGGUUUGGCAUGGUAUCGCUGGCCUCCAGUGGGCCCGGGAAGGGGAAGGCGUGGGUGGUUUCCUCGCCGACGGUGAAGGCGCUGGCGCAGCAGUACUACAACUGCUCCACACUUGAGGGCAUGAAGCUGGAGGACGCGGGGUAUGCGGGGUCGAAAGGGUCGCAUUGGAAGGCACUCAUCGCAAAGGAGGAGAUGAUGUCUCCGGCGGGCCAGCCGGGGUAUUACUCGGCAUUUACGCUUGCGGCGUUUGCGGACAUGGGCGGCGUGUACAGGGCCAACUUCAGCAUGGCGGAGCCGAUGAGGUGGGGCAACAACUCCGGCUGCGGGCUGCUGGAAAAGAAGUGCCUGACCGGCGGCCACACCGACUACCCUGACAUGUUCUGCAAACAGUUUUGGAAUGACAAGAAGCUGCUCUGUACGCAUGACCGCCUGUCUCUUGGGAAUUGCGACCUCGGGCGACAAAAUCAACCCCUUCCGCCGCAGUACCAGUACUUCGAGGACCCCAGGCUUGGCGGCAGGGAGGUGUUUAUGGACUACUGCCCGCACGUUACUCCGCGUGCGGUGCAUGGGUGCACCAACGGCAAAGCUCAUGCGAUUAUUGGCAGCUUCAUUGGCCCCAACUCCCGCUGCGUGAAAGGGAAGGACCUUCAAGUGAGUGGAAAACCCAUUGGCGAUGUGUGCGUGAACACUCAGUGCGACGGCGGCAAGCUGAAGGUGCAGUUCCGACUCGACACAACGUGGCACGAGUGCGAGGAGGGCAAAACUGUUGAGCCCCCAAGGAAGUACUGGAGCGGGAGUAUUGUGUGCCCCAAGUACGCCGAUGUGUGCGACGCCCUCCCCAACAUCAGCGCCUACCCAAUACCGGUGGUUGCGCCGCCGCUGACAGAAGAUCCACCAGCCGCAGAGGACACAGAAGCGGCUGAAGGGGAGAAUGGCGACGCGGAGGUCAGCCCUGUCGGACCCGGCGGCGAAGCGUGGACGCAGGACGCAGCCGUCGCACACAGUGCCGGCACGGAACGCAGCGGCAGCAGCAAAGCUUCUGAAACUGAGGGUCCGUCUACAACGAGUUCGUCGAGCAAGGCGGAAGGCGGCGUUGGCGGCACCACUGGGCAAACGAAUGCGGCGGCAAAAGGCAGUGAAGAAGAGGGGGGCGGUGCGGAACGUCCAACGACGACUGCACUCAACAGUGACUCGACAAACCCCGCGCAGUCCACUGCCGGCGCCCGGCCGCCCGAGAGCGAAGGGCAGACGCAAGGGGCGGCGGCGGCGCAGAGCAGUGGCCAACCCGACGCUGUGCCGCCGCUGCGCGGAGGUGGGAGCAGCGGAGGGACCCUAACCCCGGCGGAGGGACGCGGGACAGCCGCCGCCGAGGCGCAGCUGCAGGGUGGGGCGGCGGGCCCUAGCACCGCGACUGAGAGCGCCGCGCCUACCGCGCGGGCCGAUGCGUCCGAAGUCGCUCCUGCGGCCACCAACGGUGCUGUCGCCCCCGCUGGUGCGAAGGACGGUGCUUCUGCAUCGGCCAACCGUCCUUCUGCCAAUGCCGCCGCCUCCGGGAGCGAAGCGCCAAGCAACGCGGAAGGCAGUGACGUCACAACCGCUUUGUUUGUGCGUGCGCCUCUGCUGCUGCUGCUCACGGCAGCCCUUGCCUGUGCUGCCGGGCAAUGCUGA